AAUCUCAUGAACACAACUUAUCCAUGGCAAUGUAUAGAUUCACGAUUUUGACGGUUAGUGAUCGGUGUAGCCGAAAUGAAAGUGUCGACACUAGUGGGCCAUUGUUGCAGCAAUUGAUUAAAGAUUAUGAUGAUCGAUUCUAUGUGCUCGAUUAUCAAAUUGUUUCAGAUGAUAAAAAUGUCUUGAAAGAAUUCCUCAUACGAUGGUCGAAUCGUUCAGAUGUUGAUUGCAUAUUGACAACCGGUGGAACUGGGUUAACAUCACGUGACAUUACUCCGGAAACUACUGCUGAAAUAAUCGAAAAAGAAGUACCUGGAAUUAGUUUAGCAUUAAUCUCAUCAUCGCUUUCGAUUACUCCCAUGGCCAUGCUGUCAAGAAUGAAAUGUGGAAUUCUUAACCAAACUUUAAUAAUCAAUUUACCUGGAAGCUAUAAAGCUUGCAAAGAAUGCUUCGAUGUUAUCAAACCAGUUCUAAAACAUGCAAUCGAUCAGUUAAAAGAUUCAAACGAAGUUGACAUGUUACAUCGAACAAUGCACAAUAAUUUAAAAAGUAAGGUGAAUAAAGCGCCAGUUGCUGAUCGUGAAAGACAUUCACCAUUUGAAAUGAUAUCGAUCAAAGAAGCUCAGCUAAGAAUUUUUACCGAAAUUGGACCGUAUUUUCAAAGCGAUCGUAAUGAGAUGGUUAUACCAGCGAAAAUUUUGCACAAAGCUUUCAAUCUAGUUUUGGCUCAUGAUGUCUUUGCAUCCGUUCCAUUGCCACCGUUUGAUGCUUCUACCAAAGAUGGAUAUGCCGUGAUUGCCGAAGAUGGAAAAGGUAACCGUAAUGUUCUUUCUAAAGCAUCAAUUGCUGGGUUAAAUGAAGUUACAAGAAUCGAUCGAGGAUUCUGUGCUCGAAUCAGUACUGGUGCUGCUGUACCAGCCGGUGCCAACGCUGUUGUACAAGUUGAAGAUACUGAGCUCAUAAUGAAGACUCAGGAUGACGAGGAAAAAGUUAUCAACAUCAAAACCAUUCCUGCUGUAGGUCAAGACAUACGUUUAAUCGGCUCAGAUAUUCCAGUGGAUAAUCUGAAUCCAUUGAUAACAAAAUACAGACGUUUAUCGUCAAUCGAUUUAGGUUUGAUUGCAGCAACUGGAGCUAAAGAAAUAAAGGUAUUUCGACGUCCCAAAAUAGCUGUACUUUCUACUGGUGAUGAAAUUGUUUCGGCCGGUCAACAUAGAUCAUGGAAUUGUGUUUGGGACUCGAAUCGAACAGUUUUAAUGUCCUUGUUAUUACAAUUUGAAGUUUUCGAUCUUGGAAUAACACCAGAUUCUGCAGAUAGUAUAUUGAACUGUCUUAAUGAAGCAAUGCAAAAUGCUGAUGUCAUCAUCACUACUGGUGGUGUAUCAAUGGGAGAACGUGAUUUACUCAAAAAAGUCUUAAAGGAAGAUUUUAACGCCGAUAUUCAUUUCGGUCGAAUAAAUUUGAAACCAGGAAAACCAACAACAUUUUCGACCACGACUUAUAAUGGCAAGAAAAAAUACAUAUUCUCAUUGCCAGGUAAUCCAGUGAGUGCAUUUGUGACUUUCAAAAUAUUUGUCGAACCAUUUCUUCAGCUCCUUUCGGGAAAAUAUUUUGAUUUUAAAAAGCAAAAAGAAGCCAAUCCAAUGCAAAAGUUACUCAAAUGGAUCAAAUGCAAAGUCGUUCUCGAUAAGCCGUACCAAAUUGAUACAAGACCGGAAUUUGUUCGAGCUGUCAUUACUUUUUCCUCAUUAUCGUUUCCCGAGGCCAAAUUAACCGAAUCAAAUCAAACAAGUAGUAGAUUGUUGAAUGUGAUGAAUUCAAAUGGAUUAUUGUUCAUUCCAAGUAAUCAGGAUGGUCAAAAAUUUUUAGAAAAUGGCGAUUUUGUUGAUGCAAUUUUAUUUUGAUAACUGAUUUUCAUUUAUAUACAGA